AUGCUGCGAAAGAUUGCCAAUCCAUAUAAGGUGUCUAUUCGCCGCACCACCGCCACCGCACCGGAGACGGGCUCCAAAGCCAUUCUCCGCCUUAUCCGCUAUGAUCCCGUCACCAACAAACAACGUGUGGAGAGUUAUGAAUAUGAUAAACAUCAUGAUUACAUGGUGCUUGAUCUCAUCACCGCAGUGAAGGCCCAUCAGGAUCCAACACUCGCCUUCCGCGCCUCCUGCUGCGAGGGUGUCUGUGGAAGUUGUGCGAUGAAUAUUAAUGGGAUUAACAGUCUGGCCUGCAUUACCUUCUCGCAGCACGUCACCACAGUUGGGCCGCUGCCGAACUUUCCGGUGAUUAAAGACUUCGUUGUGGAUCUCCGCCACUUCUUCCGUCAAUACGCGUACAUUCGCCCGUUUGUGCGGAACACCAAUCUCGAUCGCAGCCGCGUGGAGAACAUCAUGGAGCGCUACAACAGCGUGAGCAAAGCCAUUCACGGUGUUAGUCCACAUGAAGAGGCCACUCGCACGCCGUUAGCCCCACACGCCGGUGUGCAAACGGAAGUUAUUGCCAUUUUGCGGCUCAUUGAUGCCCUGCGAGAGGCGGGAAGUGUCACUCAUGUUGUGCACGCCCUCACCGCAUUGGAGAAGCGGGGGAUUCAACUCGACCAGGAGAAGGUGCGCAAGCUUCUCGAUGAGACACUGCAGAACUACACUAAGCGGAAGAGUACAGUCUAA